GUGACUCUGAAUCUUUGUCAGUGUCGUUGGGACUGCUGCACAAGCCUGAUUCAGUAUUCACAGGAGGUUUUGGGAGAACAUGAUAGCUCUUCCGCCAGGUGUGCACUAACGGACUUGGCUUCCGCUGCUUCCUCAGGCUCGCUCGGUGUGGAGAAUCUGCCGUUGCGACACGGUGGCUGGGAGCGCAAGGCCCCACGGGAAGCUUGUGGAAUCUGCUGUGGGAAGAAGGAAGCCAGGUUUCUUGGGCAGCCACAGUCAUGGCGGAGGCGCCCCAUAGUGCUGGGGGCUCAGCGCCUGGGGCGGCGGCUUCCGCCGAAGCCCCGCUGCAGUACAGCCUUCUUCUGCAGUACCUGGUGGGUGACAAGCGUCAGCCCCGGCUCCUGGAGCCUGGGAGCCUGGGCGGGAUCCCGAGUCCGGCCAAGAGUGAGGAGCAGAAGAUGGUCGAGAGGGCGAUGGAAAGCUGCGCCUUCAAGGCGGCGCUGGCCUGCUUGGGAGGAUUUGUCUUGGGAGGUGCAUUUGGGGUGUUCACUGCCGGCAUUGAUACCAAUGUGGGCUUUGACCCUAAGGAUCCUUACCGCACACCUACAGCAAAAGAAGUUCUUAAAGACAUGGGGCAGAGAGGAAUGUCCUAUGCCAAAAAUUUUGCCAUCGUGGGCGCCAUGUUUUCUUGCACUGAGUGUUUGGUAGAAUCUUACCGGGGAGACUCAGAUUGGAAGAACAGUGUCAUUAGUGGCUGCAUCACUGGAGGAGCCAUUGGCUUCAGAGCUGGCUUAAAGGCUGGGGUCAUUGGUUGUGGAGGUUUUGCUGCUUUCUCUGCUGCGAUCGAUUAUUACCUACGGUGAGAGCAGUUGCCUCCGGGGAAGGAUGAUGCCAGCCCAGGAUCAGAGCUGUUCUGUGUAGGGCAGUUUCUGCACCAUUCCGGGGCACUUGCUUCCGAGACUGAAGACAUUUGUUUUCCCUCGCAUAGUUGGUGUCGUGAGGGAGGCGCCUGGCUGCAAUCUGCCACCUCUGAGCAGCCACGCUCUCUGCUCCUGGACUCCAGCCAGGCUGUGGAGGGCUGUGCCACGCCAGCCUCUCUCUUUCGGGCAGAUCAGGAGUCAGCGUGUUGACCUGUAGGAGCUGAGUUCCGCAGAGGUUCGGUCCUGAUCACAGUUGGCCCUCUGGUUGCUUGGUGCCGUGGGAACGAAGGGGACUUUACAUAUACCCAGGAAGCUGUUCUACCUUGGACCUCCAUGCCGUCAUCCAUCUCACGUUGGGGCAGGGCAAAGUGAAUGUAUGCCAUCCGACCAAUUAUGUCAUUUUGUUUAGUGUUCUGCUAUCCUUGUUAAAAAACAUAUAUAUAUAUAUAUAUGUAUUUAUAUUACAGUUUAAAA